GAUUAAUUUUUGUUAAUUGUUAUUGAAAAUUGUAAAUAAGAAAAAUAAUGUUUUGUGUUUAACAUUUAUUAAAUAAUGGCGGAAAACUCAUUUAACGUUCUUAUUGGUAUAACAGGAAGUGUGGCUGCGAUAAAACUGCCCAUACUCAUCAAAAGUAUUCUGGACUUAAACAAGAAAGAUCAAAAAUAUGAUUUUAAGGUUAAGGUUAUAUGCACAGAGCGUUCUAAACAUUUCAUUAAGGAAAACGAAAUAAAAGAUUUUUCUUGUUUGCAUGACGAUGCUUUUGAAUGGAGUAGUUGGCAAGGUAGAGGAGACCCCGUAGUUCACAUUGAUUUAGGGAAAUGGGCUAAUAUGAUGGUUAUUGCACCUCUAGAUGCCAAUUCGUUGGCUAAAAUAUCUCUGGGUAUUUGUGACAAUCUCUUAACCUGCACUGUGAGAGCGUGGGAUAUGUCAAAGCCUUUACUCUUCUGUCCGGCAAUGAACACCAGAAUGUGGAAUCAUCCGAUCACAUCUAAACAAAUAGCAACACUGAAGGAAUGGGGCUAUAAGGAGAUACCUCCGAUAAAUAAGAAACUCAUGUGCGGCGAUACUGGUGUGGGAGCCAUGGCUGAAGUUGAUACUAUAGUGCAGAAAAUUAAAAGUAUAGCUGAGAAAUUAUAUGAAAGUAGACAACAAAAUUGAAAUAGUAAAAGCAUGUGAAGUUAAACUGUAACUAUUUUAUAUAAAUAUUUAUUAUAAAAUAAAAUUUAAAAUUUUAAGUUAUCUU